CAAGAUGUGACGUUCUUCAAAAAAAGAGUUUAAUCCGGUUGUAAAAGCUGUUGUUUGACCCCAUUAACGUGCAAUAAUGAACUUUUAUCCUCCGCCACCGAUCAUCACUGCUGAACUCUACGUUCGCAUCCCGGAUGAAAUAAGAUGCAGAGAUCGGGAAUCAGAAUGGCGAGGUGGUUUCAGCCGGCUAUUCCAGAACAUCUUCCUUGAAGGUCCUGUCUACACGACUUCAGGUGAUCUUUAUGUCGUGGAUGUUCCAUACGGUCGUAUCUUGCGCAUAGACGCAGAGAAGAAAGUUACAGUCGAAGCAGAGUGGGAUGGAGAGCCAAAUGGAUUAGCAGUGGAUUCUGAAGGGAACAUAGCCAUCGCGGAUUACAAGCAGGGUAUAUUGUCGCUUCAGCCAGGUUCUACAACAGUUACCGGCCUGUUGAAAAGAAAGAAUUUGGAAAGGUUCAAAGGCCCCAAUGACCUAAUCUAUGAUUCAAAGGGCAAUCUGUAUUUCACGGAUCAAGGUCAAACAGGCAUGACUGAUCAAACGGGCCGUGUCUACCGUCUGUCACCAGAUGGGAAAUUAGAUACCUUGUUAGACAACGGCAUCAGUCCAAACGGGCUGGUGUUGUCACCAAACGAGAGAGUACUGUUCGUUGCCAUGACUCGAUCGAACGCAGUCUGGAGGUUGCCACUCCAUGAGGACGGCACUACCAGUAAGGUUGGUUUGUUCUUCCAGAGUUUUGGCACUGCUGGACCUGAUGGAUUGGCAAUGGAUGAGGAGGGCAAUUUGUUCGUCUGCCAUCCUAGCCUUGGAUCUGUCUUCGUAGUAAAUCCAGAUGGAACCCCCAAAGCAAGAAUAGUGUCUGGUACGAAUGGAAUCAAUCUCACCAAUUGUUGCUUCGGAGGGCCGGAAGGGCAGACAUUGUUCAUCACGGAUAGUCUCGAAGGAAACGUCCAGUGUGUGGAGUGGCAUUGCAAAGGCGCUGUACGAAUUCCAAGAGUAAAAAGGUAACAGCGAUUAGAAUUAGAC